AUGGAGAGCAGCGACGGCAGCCACGCCGCGGAGAGCACCCUCGGCUCCGACGAAGAGGAGACCCUGGCGCCGGAGGCCGAGGAGCAGUCGGGGGGCGAGGAGGACGAGACGGCCGUGGAGUCGGAGUCGGAGUCGGAGCCGGACGCCAGGUUAUCAGACCAGGAUGAAGAGGGCAAGACCGAGAAGAAGUGUAUCAUAUCUGACCCUUCCUUUUCCAUGGUAACAGUUCAACGGGAAGAUAGUGGUAUCACCUGGGAGACCAGCUCAAGUAGGCCUUCCACUCCUUGGGCCUCGGAGGGAAGUCAGACAUCUGGUGUGUGUAGUCUGGAAGGGUCGGCUCUGAAUUCUCCUCCAGGGAAUGUUUCCUUUAUCGUGGAUGAAGUUAAAAAAGUUCGGAAAAGAAAGCCUAAGUCAAAGCAUGGCUCACCAUCUCUGCGUCGGAAAAGCAACAAAAAGAGAAAUUCUUUGGAAUCCCAAGAUGUUCCAGCAAGCAAAACAAGUACUCCUUUAAUUUCAGAAAGUCAGGAACUAACCACCCAGAAAGAGAAGUCACCUACUGGCACUGAUGAUAAGAUGAGAAAAAAGAAGAGCACCUCAAGUACACCUCCCAUUACGGGGGCAAUAUACAAAGAACACAAGCCCUUAGUGUUAAGGCCAGUCUACAUAGGAACCGUACAGUAUAAAAUCAAGAUGUUCAAUUCUGUUAAAGAAGAAUUAAUUCCGCUGCAGUUUUAUGGAACAUUGCCAAAGGGUUAUGUCAUUAAAGAAAUCCAUUAUAGGAAGGGGAAAGAGGCAUCCAUUAGUCUAGAGCCAGAGUCAGGCGAUCGUGAUCUUAGAAAAGUAGUUUCCAAAACAGGUAAAUCAGUAGCCCAAAGCAUAGAAGAUGUUAAAGUAAAAGAGCUUGCUCCACCCUGGAGAGAUGUGUUCUCCAAAGGAUCAAAGUCCCUGACCUCCUUAUUCAGUCAUGAAGAUCAGAAGAAAACUUACGAUGAUUUUCCCUUGAGGGCUGCGUCUGCCGCCCAGCCCACACCUUCCUCUCAUGCAAGUCAGGCCAUAGCAGAACGGGAAUCACAGCUCAGCGCUCCUCGGGUAGUGCCACAACUGCCGGCUGAUGAAGCAAAGCCCCGUGAAAUGAAGCCUUCCUCUCUUACACCCGAUACAUCUGUAGCCACAUUCCUGGAAACUGCAAAGGAAGAAUCUGAGGCUGAUUCACAAGAAACAGUGAUUGCAGAGCCUGACUCUUCAGUCUCGCUGCCUGCACUGGAUGAAGUGAAGACUGAAGACAUGUCUUCGAUUGACCAUUCCAUUUCACUAGAGGCAGAGAAGGGUUCUCUGGAAUCUGGUGCACCAGGUCUGACAGCCUCUAUCCAGGAAGAUUUCAGCCCUGAGAGAGAAGAGCUGGAUCUGACUUCACAGGAAAGGGCAGAACCAGUCGCUGACCAGCUGACCCCUCCUCAUCUCAGCAUCAAAGCAGAGAAGGAAGAAACUGUGCCCGAGCCAUCCAUUUCUCUUUCUGAACCUCUAGUGUUAGAGGAACCAGAGAAGGAAGAAAUAGAAAUGCCUCUACCAAUGGCUGCUACCCCUGAACCUGAAGAUUCUAGCUUAGUGGAAGAAGAAGAGAUCAUAGAACUCGAUUACCCAGAAAGUCCAUCAGUUUCUGAGGAGCCCUUCCCACCACGCUUGGCCCCUGAAGUGGAGGAAAAAGAGGAGAACUUUCUGCCAUUACUGACAACUUCAACACCUGAACAUGUCACUUUGUCUGAGGAAGAAAGAGAGGAAAAUGAGUCUGUUUCUACUGAUUCUGCUUUUGUGUCAGAGUAUUCAGCCCCACAGGAUUGGAACUAUGAACUAGAGAAGCAAGAAGCUGAGCCAGUUUCUUCACCUCAUGUGAAAGCUGUAUCUGAACAUGCAGUUUUGUCAGAAGAAGAGAAUGAUAAAUUUGAGCCUUCUUGCCCAACUUCAGCUUCUAUAUCUGUCUCACCAUCCACAACUGAGAAGACUCUUGAAAGCCAGUCCCCACUGUUUUCAGCAGUUACACCAGAGCCCAUGAUCCAGUCCGGAGAAGAGGCCUCAGAAAGUGGGCGUUACACGCCGGAUUCCACAUCUGCUUCUGAAUACUCAGUUCCCUCUCAGGCAACAGAAGAGUCACCAAAGAAAACAGUAGACCUUAAGUCCCCAUUAAAGUCACGAGGUGUUUCUGAGCCCCUGAUUCUGUCAGAGGAAGAGAAUGAAGACCCUGGGAUGUGUUCCCCAGAGGUGCCCUCUCUAUCUGAACGUUCUCUCUCACCACACACAACUGAGGGGACUUCUGAAUGCCAGGCCCCACCGCUUUCAGCCGUGACAUCUGAACACACUGUCCUGUCAGAAGAAGAGAACCUAGGAAAUGAGGGUGUUACACCAGAUUCAGCACUGACCUUCCAAAAUGCAGUCCCACCCAAUGUAACACAGGAAUCCCCAAAGAACAUAAUUGACGAUGUCUCCCUGCUGAAAUCAGAGGGUGUUUCUGAGCACAAGACUGUGUUAGAAGAAGAGAAGGAAGACACCGGAUUCUAUACCCCAGAGGUGGCCUUGUUACCUGAAUGCUCCCUCCCACCGUCCACAACUGAGGGGACUCCUGAAUGCCUGGCCCCACGACUUCCAGCUACCCCACCUGAUCACGUGGUCCUCUCGGAAGAAGAGACAGUAGGAAUGGAGCGGUACACACCCUCUUCCAUCUCUGCUUCUGAACUUUCAGUACCACCAUAUGCAACACCAGAAUCACAGGAGGAAGAAAUUGUCCACACGUCCCCUUUAAAUCUAAAAGGUUCCUCCUCCCCCAUGAUUUUCUCAGAAGAAGAGCAAGAAGACAUUGGGCCUUUUUCUCCAGACUCGGCUUUUGUGUCAGAAUUCUCAUUUCCAUCCUAUGCAACGACAGGGAAGAGAGAAUUUGAGUGUGAUUCUCCAAUAUGUUUAACAUCACCAUCUGAACACACUAUUUUGUCAGAUGAAGACACAGAGGAAACUGAACUUUUUUCUCCAGACUCAGCGUCACAAGCUUCCAUCCCACCAUAUAGGAUCCCAGAAAUGAACAGAAAGGAAAUUGAGCCUGAUUCACUGUUAACUGCAAUGGCUGCAUCAGGAUAUUCCCGCUUCUCAGAAGCAGAUGAGGAAGAAAUUGCACCAACAACGGCUACACCUGUACCUGAACAUCUAAGUUCACCACAGAAGCAAGGAGAUGAACCUUCGAUGUCUGCACCUGAAGACUUGAGUCAGCUCCCCUCAACAAGUGAAGCAGAGAAAGCAGAAAUUAAGCCAGAUGCUCAAACAACAUCAACAUCUGUAUCUGAAUAUCUCAUUCUGGCACAGAAGCAGAGAACUCGAACGUAUUUAGAACCUGAGCCUGAAGUCUUGGUUCCACCGUGUUUAACCAGUGAUUCAGAGAGGGGAGAAACCAAGUCUGGUUCAUCGCCAGCCGCAACACCUGCACAGUCACCCACAGGAAAGGAGGAAACCAAACCCGCUUUGCCUGCAUCUCAGUGCUCAGGUUCACCUGAUUCAGUACAUGCAGUUAAGAAAGAACAGGAACCCAAGACAUCCCUCACUCCAGAAUCUGCAGAUGAACAGAUGGCUUUGUUAAAAGUCGAAAGUAAGGGAGAAAUUGUGCCUGAUUCUCAAGAAGCUAUAGCACAUGUAUUGAGGGAUCAAGAAAUGGAGCCUCAGCCUCCAAACGUCCCAGAGUCUGGGAUGAAAGAUUCAGUUCUGCCUGACUUGGCAGAUGAGCCAAAGAAGGAUGUCAAACCCAAUUUAGCUCCAACUGUGACAUCUGAACUAGAACAGAGAAGGUUGUCAGAGAAUGAGCCUGAAGUAAUGAAGCCAUAUUCACCUCUAAAGGAAACAUCUUUAUCUAGACCUGAGAUUUCAUCAGUGGUAAAAACAGAAGUGAAACUUGAUUCUAAAGUAACUGGUACACCUAGAGUGCUGCAUUCAACUUCACCAGGAGUGGAACAGGAAGUUGAGCAUGGACCACCUGUACCAGAAUUUUCAGCUUUGUCAGAAGAAAUAAAGAAAGAAAUUGAACCCAGUUCUUCAAUAACCACAACAUCUGAGACAAAGCAUGAUUCAAACUUAACCAAAUUAGCAAAAGAAGAAAUCCUAACAGACUUACCUCUUACCACCCCUAUAGAACAUCCAGUCUUAACAAAAGUAGAAAAGAGUGAAUUAGGAAGUGUCUUACCACCUAUAGAUGAGCAUUCACUUUUUAAAGAAGACAAGGUAGCAAUCAAAGCUAGUCCUCCUCCCACUGAAACUGCUGCAUCACAAUAUCCAGCUUGGUCCGAAGUCGAGAAAGAAAUUAAAUUUUAUUUACCUGAAAGCAUAUCCUCUCUAUCAGAGCAUUCUGUUUUGUCAAAGGUAGACACAGAAGACAUUAAACCUGGGUUGGCAAUAAUCAAAACUUUGUCUUCUCAGCAUUCAGACGUAGCAAAGGAAGCAAGUGUGGAAGACAAACAAGAUCUUUCAUUUUCUACAGUUCUCGACUCUGAAUAUUUGGAUUUAUCACAGAAAAAAAAUUCCGUGUCUGCCUUAGAGGUGUCAGGACCUGAACAUGUGCCUUCACUCAGCCUAGGUGGUGAGAUAAAGAAAACAGAAACUGAAGUUCCUUCCUCACAGAACAUGUCACCUGCACCCAAAUAUAUAGUUCCAAAAGGCAAAGAUGAGGUGACAGCAAGUUCUCCUCCUGAGUUGGAACAUUUAACAUCAGAAGAUUCAGCUUCAACAUUCUUAACCUUCAGCGGUGAUCAGAGGGAACAGGCAGCAGAGACACCCUCGGUAAUUCAGGGAGAUUUCCGGUCAGAAAAACCAGGUCUUGCUCUGGCACAGCUGUGUUUGGAACCUGAGGAGAGAGACAAGCCACGUCCAGUGUCAGAAUUACCUGGUACUGGAAAUGCUGGCUCAGAAUUCACUGGUGAUUUAAGUAGGCAAAGUGGAUCCAUACAGACAGAACAUAUAAAAUCUCCCCUACCUGAAACAGAGAGUUCUGUCUUAGCAAAGGGCCUACCCGAGCUCAGGAGCGGAGGAGAAGGAAAAGAGGAAAACAGGGAACUUCAUGUGUCAACUACAGUUCCUGAAAUUUCAGAGGUUUCUUCAUACCUUAGGGAGGAACCUCAGAUUCAAGAAAUGAAAUCUGUCUCUGCUAAGGUAGUUAGCUUAGGAUCAAGGGAAGCAUUUACCUCUGGACUUGAAGGAGACAGCCCAGAAGAACUUCAGUCAUACACUUUAUCCUCAAAAGGAUUAUCAGAAGAGCUGAACCAUUCAGCUGAAUUUAAAAAAGAAGAAAAACAAGAAAUAAGCCCAUUACUGCCAACAGGAAAUUUGAAGGCACAAGUGACAGAAGAUACUGUAACUAAGCUAAAUGAAACUGACCAACCAAAUUCAUUUCAUGUACUGCAGACUGUAACAGAGCCAUCAAAGAUCACUUCUUCUGACCUCUUUGUGCAACAGAAGCCUGAAGAAGCACUUGAUUCAGAUCAAGCCACUACAUUACCUGACAUGAGCAGGUCUUUUGCAGAUAAACAAGACCUGGGUAUUAAACAAGGUUUGUUUAUGAAAGAAAAUUUGCCUUUGGAAGAAUCAAAAUUAUUUAUGACAACUGAACCUACAGAUGUUAAAGAAACACACAUGCAACAGGCCCUUAUUUCUCCAAAGGAUGAAAACUGGAUGCUGAAAGAGCCAGAAAGAGACUUGGUAAGUCAUCAUGAAGAAAGAGUCAUGGGAUCUGUGCAGCUGGAUUCGUCUGGUACCAGUGAUCUGAUGACAGAGCAGCUCAAGCCUGCUCCGCCAGAGAAAGCCCACACGCCUGAAAUCAGAAAGCAAAUUCUGCCACCUUCUGCAGAAGAACCUCACUUAGCAUUCCAAGAACCAGUGUCUACUCUCGAUACCUCCUGUGAUAAUGUAGAGACCUUCGCAACUGAAACUUACUCUUCUGAAGACAUAAAGUGGGCCCCCAAACCAAAAUCUUUAGUUCCAGCUGGAAAUGUGGACAGAAGUGAGGCAGAAGGGAAGCAGACCCUUUCUUCUGUGGGGGGUGAAAGUUUGGUAGUGGAGAAAGCAAACACAGAAAUUUCCAGGCCUUGCAAAGAAGACAGCCAGGAAGAAAUCAAAACACCUUAUGAAGGAGGCCUCCAGAAACCAGUGUCUGGCCCACCAAUGGAACAAGUCAAAUCAGAAACUCCUUCCUCUCUUGUCAAAGCUGCCCGUGUCUUGGCCGAAGAGGUAGAACCUGCACUCGGCGUUGAAAAAGAAGCACAUGGUCGUAUAUCCCCUUUGCCUGGAGAGAAGCCAUUAGAAGAACCCAGCGUGGUUCAGCCAAAGGUUGCAGAUGAUGCUAAUGAGAGAGGGAGACCACCAUCCGAAGUGAAAGCACCCACACAAGUGAAACCACUCUCCUCAACCCAAGAAAACGAAGAGCCUCAGCCCCUAGAGUCCCCUGAGGUCAUACAAAAGCCGCCCAAGCAGCAGAAGGCGGUGGAGCCAAGCAUCUCUGAGGAAAAGGGAAAGAAAGGAAUCUCAUCUUUCACAUCAUGGGUGUCCAGUUUCUUUUUUAGAUCAAGUACUCUAGAUAACAAAGUUGCUGAAAAAGAAGAUUUAGAAGCUCAGCCCAGCCCAUCUGAAGAGAAAACAGUGACUGUGAUAGAUUCUGAAAGUCCUGCUCCAGUUGACGUUCAUGGAACUGAGAAGCCAGUGGAUCAUCUAGUCCCAGAGGCCAAACCUGAAACUGCUUCAGAAUCUGCAGAUUCUUUAGUUAAAUCUGGUGAACAUCAAGAUUUUAAAGAAAAACCCACAUUGUUAUCAAAUGUAGAAGUUUCGCCACAGCCAAAAUCCAACUUUGAGGCAUCUAGUGACGAUUAUGGGAAGAAAGACUUCCUAGACUAUUCAGAAGAAAUGGACCUGACUUCAGUAGUUACUUCUGCUGAUGGCAAGGGACAUCUUAGAAUUCAGUCUUAUUCUCCCAUGGGUGAGAAAUCCAUUAUGGAAGAAGCCAAAAAUGCUGUUCCUCUUUAUGUCACUGAUAGUAAAAGACCCCAGAAGCCAGAAAUCUCCCCUAGAUCUAAAUGGAUUAUUUCUAUUCUUAAAGAAGAGCCAAGAAGUGAUCAAAAAGAAAAACCACUCUUUUUAGUUGAUGCAACAGAUAAGGUGCCACAACAGCCAGAAUCAGCUUCAUCUAGCUUUGCAAGUAAAAAUAUCACAGAGGAAUCAGAGACGCUGGAGUCAAUAAUUUUGCCAGGAGAAGAACCUAAAGGCAGUUUAAUUGAUCUUGGUGAAGACAGACUAGGGAAAGAGAUGCCAAAACCUGUUUCCUUGAAAAUUUCUGAAGAGGAAAUAAAACUCAGAUCUGUUAGCCCAGCUGAGGAGAAAGGUAACUUGGGAAUGAGAUCAUAUUCCUUGGCAGAAAAGAAGGUGCUGGCAGAAAAACAAGAGACAGCAGCCCCAUUAGAACAUAGAGAUAUUAAUGAAAUAGAGAAGGCAAAAAUUAUACACGGGCCUAGCCCUGUUAAAUUGGAAGAACCAAAAGCUGCUACUGUGCUGCAGCAAGUCUAUCAAAAUGAAGACCACCAAAAACGAUACAAAAUUAUUGAGGAGGAGAAAAGAGAAGAAAAAGAAGAGCGGUCACAAACAUUUUCAGAAGGAAGUGAGCAGCAGGAAAUUCAGCCAUGUUCCAUAAGUAUAGCCGGGCAUCAGCCUGAAGAGUCAGAUAUCUCUUUCCGUCUUACUUUGGGUGAAACCCAACCAUUUUCAUUAGUUAAAACUACAGAAGCUGCUGAAACAUCAGAAACCACGAUCUCAGAGGCUUACUCUGAAAUCAGGGAAACAAAGGCAGUAGGAAGUCAACCACAUCCAUUAGAAGAACGUGAAGUUUUGGUGGAGAAAACCAAGGCCUUUCUUCCGGUGGAUCUUCCUUACCAUUAUGAAAUAAAUGAGCCCUCUUUACCUAAGGAAGGAAACCUGGUACUGGAAAAGUCAAGCGUUGAUGUCGUGACUCACAGUGAAGAAAAGGGGCAGGGCCUAGAGUCAGAGCUGCCAAAAGGUGGCUCAGUAGGUACCACAAAGGAAAGUACACAAAGCUCUCCAUCUAAAGACUCUGAAAGGAUUUUAGAUCGUCCUUUUGGUGAAACAAAGAGCUUAGAAACACCUUCCUAUCUGUGGUCAUCUGUGGAACCACAAACACUUGCUUCAGGAGCAUCUCCAGAAGUUAGUCCAGAGAAGAAACAAGAACUGCCAUGGUCAGAAGUGACUCCAGAUAGGCCUGAGGUCCAUACUGCUCAAACCUCUAAAGAUCAAACAUCUGAAAUGUUUGAACAGCCUGUUCUUGUUUCAAAACACCACUUGGAGGCUGUAGAAGAUUCCCAUGUAUAUGAACCACGCCCUUCAGCAAGCAGUAACUAUGCUCAAUUUAUAACUAAUGCAUCAACAGUCAGUGCUGAUGAGAUGGUUUCUAAGGAGCCUGAAGACACAAGCGUAAGAGAUGAAGAAUUUACAGUGACCAGUAAGCCAGCUGGACUUUCUGAAGAGCAAAAGAGUGCCUUCAGUAUCAUUUCUGAAGGUUGUGAGAUACUGAAUAUUCAUGCUCCUGCAUUUAUUUCUUCAGUCGAUCAGGAAGAAAGUGAACAAAUGCAAGAUAAGUUAGAAUAUUUGGAAGAGAAGAUCUCAUUUAAGCCUAUACUCCUCCAUGAUGAGAGUGAGGCAGUUGCUUGCCAUAAAACAUUACAGAGUAAGUUAGAAGAUUCUGAUAUAAAAGUUAUACCAUUGAAAGAAGACCAACAAAAGGAAAUUCAUACAGCCAAAGAGGAGAUAUCCACAGAUUCAGAAACUGGUGAUUUAGCCUUUAAUCAGCCCACAAGUCCCAAUGAAGAGGAUUACUUUGAAAAAUAUACAUUGAUUGAUUAUAACAUCUCCCCUGACCCAGAAAAACAGAGAGCUCCAUGGAAAUUAAAUGUAGAGGCAGAACUAUCAAAGGAAGUUCCAGAAGAAACUGUCUCUUUCCCAGAAUGUCCAGAGGAAGGUGCCCUAGAACAUGAAUAUGACUUGGUGAAAUUAGAUGAAAGUUUUUAUGGACUCGAAAAGGACUACAGCAAAUUAUCUGACCCAGAGACCCAAAAGUCUUUGGUUAUCCAAAAAUUAACAGACAGAGAUGCUUCAAAGAGCACAGAAAGAGACCUGGACUCAAAGUCACCUGGGAUGCCUUUAUUUGAUGAAGAGGAAGGAGUUUUGUCACGAACCCAGAUAUUUCCUACCACUGCAAAAGCCAUCGAUCCUGAACUUCUGGAGGAGCCACCUGCACUUGCGUUUUUAUACAAAGAUCUAUAUGAAGAAGCAGUUGGAGAGAAAAAGAAAGAAGGGGAGACAGCUUCUGAAGGUGACAGUGUGAAUUCUGAAGCUUCAUUUCCAAGCAGAAAUUCUGACACCGAUGAUGGAACAGGAAUAUAUUUUGAGAAGUACAUACUCAAAGAUGACAUUCUCCAUGACACAUCUGUAACUGAAAAGGACCAAGGCCAAGGUCUUGAAGAAGAGCCAAUUGGUAAGGAUGACUCAUACCAACCAAUAACUGCAGAAGGGGAAAUUUGGGGCAAGUUUGCAACUACUGGCAGGGAGGAGAGUCUGGAAGAGAAACAGAAAACAGCUUACAGGGAAGGAGAAUCAGUAGGCCACAUGGAGACCCUUGACAAUGUAGCUAUGCAGAGGAAAGCUCCCAUCACCGAGGAAGUCAGAGUGGUUACCCAGAGGAUAAGCUAUGCGGUUCCAUUUGAAGACACCCAUCAUGUCCUGGAGAGAGUAGAUGAAACAAGCAGUCAGACUAAUGAAGCAGCAAAUGCAAAUCCAGAGGUCAGUCUGAAUGUGCCAGUGCAGGUGUCCUUCCCAGAGGAAGAAUCUGCAUCUGGUGCAACUUGCAUUCAAGAAACACUGCAAGAAGAACAUCAAAUAAUGGUUCCCCCUGAGCCGAGUGAAGACUGGGUUCGCAGUAGCCCUGUUCAGGAUGAGUAUGAAUUUGCUGAAUCCCUGAAUUAUGAAGUGGUUACUCAAGACACUCUAUCAGAAGACCUGUAUUCAGAGUCCACCCCUGAAGAUGUGUUAUCUCAAGGAAAAGAAUCCUUUGAACAUGUCAGUGAAAAUGAACUUGUGACUGAGGUGGAACAAAGAAAGUCUGCUGAACAGAAAGAGUUGGGCAUAGAGAUAGCAGAACAAGACCAGUUACUAUCAGAGUUGGUAACCGAGAAGGAACAAAAGGAAAUGAAAACAUCUCAGAUUGACACAUAUUGCUACACAUGCAAAAGCCCAAUUUCUGCUGUUGACAAGAUGCUUGGCACUCACCAGGACCAUGAGAUUUCAACACUUGAUACAGCUAUAAGUGCUGUAAAGGUUCAAUUAGCAGACUUUCUAGAAGAUUUGCAAGAAAAAUCCUUGAGGAUUGAAGCCUUUGUUAGCGAGAUAGAAUCCUUUUUUAAUACCAUUGAGGAAAACUGUAGUAAAAAUGAGAAACGGCUAGAAGAACAGAAUGAGGAAAUGAUGAAGAAGGUUUUAGCACAGUACGAUGAGAAAGCCCAGAGCUUUGAGGAAGUGAAGAAAAAGAAGAUGGAGUUCCUGCAUGACCAGAUGGUCCAUUUUCUGCAGAGCAUGGACACUGCCAAGGACACCCUGGAGACCAUCGUGAGAGAAGCCGAGGAGCUUGAUGAGACCGUUUUCUUGACUUCCUUUGAGGAAAUCAAUGAAAGGCUGCUUUCUGCAAUGGAGAACACUGCUUCUUUAGAGAAAAUGCCUGCUGCGUUUUCACUGUUUGAACAUUAUGAUGAUAGCUCGGCAAGAAGUGACCAGAUGUUAAAACAAGUGGCUGUUCCACAACCUCCUAGAUUAGAACCUCAGGAACCAAAUUCUGCCACUAGCACAACAAUUGCUGUUUACUGGAGCAUGAACAAAGAAGACGUCAUUGACUCAUUCCAGGUUUACUGCAUGGAGGAGCCACAAGAUGACCGAGAAGUAACUGAUUUGGUAGAAGAAUACAGAGUGACCGUGAAAGAAAGCUACUGUGUUUUUGAAGAUUUAGAACCUGACCGAUGCUAUCAAGUGUGGGUAAUGGCUGUGAAUUUUACAGGAUGUAGCCUGCCCAGCGAAAGGGCAAUCUUUAGAACAGCCCCCUCCACCCCUGUGAUCCGGGCUGAGGACUGUACUGUGUGUUGGAACUCAGCCACCAUCCGAUGGUGGACCGCCAGCCCGGAGGCCACCGAGACCUACACGUUGGAGUACUGCAGACAGCACGCUCCCGAGGGCGAGGGCCUCAGAUCUUUCUCUGGAAUUAAAGGACUCCAGCUGAAAGUUAAUCUCCAACCCAAUGACAAUUACUUUUUCUACGUGAGAGCCACCAAUGCAUUUGGGACUAGUGAGCAGAGUGAAGCUGCCCUCAUUUCCACCAGAGGAACCAGAUUUCUCUUGUUGAGGGAAACGGCUCAUCCUGCUUUGCAGAUUUCCUCAAAUGGGACAGUGAUCAGCUUCGCUGAGAGGAGACGGCUGACAGAAAUCCCAUCAGUGCUGGGUGAGGAGCUGCCUGCCUGUGGCCAGCACUACUGGGAAACCACUGUCACAGACUGCCCAGCUUACCGACUUGGCAUCUGCUCCAGCUCAGCGGUGCAGGCUGGUACCCUGGGACAAGGAGAGACCUCGUGGUACAUGCACUGCUCUGGGCCACAGAGAUACACAUUUUUCUACAGUGGCAUUGUGAGCGAUGUCCACGUGACUGAGCGUCCUGCCAGAGUGGGCAUCCUGCUGGACUACACCACCCAGAGGCUGCUGUUUAUAAAUGCUGAGACUGGACAGAUGCUCUUCAUCAUCAGGCACAGAUUUAACGAGGGCGUCCACCCUGCCUUCGCCCUGGAGAAACCUGGAAAAUGUACUCUGCACCUGGGGAUAGAGCCCCCCGAUUCUGCAAGGCAGAAGUGAUUGUUGGCUUUCAGAGUUUCCAAGAGCAAAAUUCAAAUUUUGGAGGAGGGGGGUGCUCUGUUGUUCUCUCCUGUGGGUGCUAGACAGUAUUCAAAACAUUUGAAUACAGCAUUCAAAAAACACUUGCACGAAUGAUAGCUCCAUGCACAGUGAUCAACACCUGAGCCAAACCACCAAGAAAACCUUGAAUUUCUAGAGUGUCGUGUGAGCAGAAGAUGGAAAAAGCAACCUCUACCCUUCAGUUUACAUAUGUUUGAGUUCUUCCCUAAGUGAAAAGGAUUUAUACCUGACUUGGGAAUCAAAAUAGCGAAAUGGACUUCCACCUAUGUCACUGGUGAAAGAAAUCCUCAGAGGGACAGGUCUGUGUCCCUUCCUGAGUGAUGGGAAGGUUGUGCUGGUAAUUCCUCUCCUCCAACAAGAAACAACUACUUUUUCCAUAAGAGAAAUGUCAUCUACUUCACUAAAGAAUGCUGAGUCCUAAUCAGUAGCGAACAUAUUUUAACCAUUCUAAGCUGAUAAUGAACUCUUUUGUAACCAUUAUAUACUGUAGAACACGAGUCUCUUUUCCCUGAAAUUUUAAAUGUAGAAAAAUGCUAGAUGUUAGAGAUUUCCUUUUUGUUAAAUAAAUGGUUAGAGUCUAUAAA